CCCCCCCAGGCUCAGGCAGUGGACAUUCUCGCGCGUCCCAGACGCCUUUGCGCGUCGCCAUGACUUCCUCCGCCAAGCUCACUCUGCGUCCCCUGCCGCAUCUCGACUUCAUCGCCGGCUUCCCCGGCAUCCCCGGCUCGGCCGAGCGGGCCGCCGCGCACAUCACGGGCACCAUCGAGGUGCGCCUGGGCCGCGCCGGCCUCAAGGCGAGCUUUCUGCGCAUCGAGCUGCGCAAGCUCGAGACGGUGCCCGGCGGCGAAACGUGGGGCGAGCUGGUGGGCAAGGGCCCGACUGCAGGCCUCCUGAGUUCGUCGUCGCGCAGCUCCAUCGUACAGAGCACGCAUCCACUCGUGAUUGAGAAGCAUGAGCUGCACUCUGCCUGGCCCAUCUAUCAAGUGCCCGACGAUCAUGAGCGCGAGAUGGAGGGAGUCAAGGCGCGCGUCGAGAGAGAUCAGACAUGCUACGGACCCGGCGACACUGUGACGCUGCGCAUCUACGUGAUGAGCUCUCGCAUCGAGCCCGUCAAGCUCAAGUCCGUCGCCUUUAGCGUGCGCGAGACGAUUACAUAUCGCGGCGCCAAGGCGAACCGCCUCAGCUCCCUCGGCGCCAGCGGCGCCAGCGGCAACAAGGCGGCCUCGCAGCGCACCGAGGCCGUGGCGCAAAAGUCAAAGGCGCACGGCAAGAAGCUGUACAAGGGCGAAGAGCAGUUCUUCGAGCUCUCGUGCGUCAUUCCAAAGUCGCACGCACUCAUGACGGUGCAGACGGCCAAGCACAUCGAAGUGUCGUACACGCUGCGUGUCUAUGUGGAUGUGUCAAAGGCGCCCAUCGUCAUUGAUCAUCUGCCGCUCACCGUCUCUGCGUUUCCUUCGUCCGUCUCGCUCGACACCGUGCGCCGCAUCGGCUACGUGCCAGGCCUCAGUCUGCCCGCGCCCCAAGCACAGCAGAGCGCGAGGAAGCCGCAACAGCGACAAGGCACGGCCAGUACGACUACGAGCGGCGGCAUGGGCAUGGGCAUGGGCAUGGCACGCUCGCAGUCCUUCAGCAGCAGCACGGCCGCGCCCUUUGCGCUGCCGGGACGCAGCGGCAGUGGCGAUGUGCUGCGCCGGCGCGACACCGUCAUGACGCAAGGCACGGCCUCGACUGGACCGGGCAUGGCGGGCCGCGGCGUGCCCGGGCAGAUCUUCAGUUGGGGCCAGCUCGGCUCUGCGCAAGCGUACGAUGCCUUCGCUCCUCAUCAACAAAGCCACUCCUCUGCGGGCAUGGGCCAGCCUGUGCGUCCGGCAUUCGCAGGUCCAGCAAGCAUCUACGAAGGCAAUGUGCUGCACGAAGAGGAGAACAGAGCGCUGUUCCAUCAUGCCAACCAAGCCACGGCAGCUCAGAUGCUCGGCGUCGAUCAAGACUCUCUUUCGGGCCCCGGCGUCUGGGCCGCCGGCUCGAGAUUCUCGCACUCGCCUCGCAGCGAGUCGCCUGCCCAGAUGGCGCGCUUCGAGCCCAUCGCAGAAGGCGUGCCUCUGGCUCCGAACCCUCACGCUUCGCCGAUCGCCUCGCCCUCUCCCGUACUCGGCGGCGCCGGCGCAUCAAGUGGCUCGGCAUUGGCGGCGCAACAAGAACAACUGCUGCGCUUUGCAAGCGCACGCUCGAUCUCGAGACCGGCCAGCGUCGUGGGCGCGGCGAGCACGACGAAUGCGAGCGAGGCAGAGGCGGAGAAGAUGCGUCUCUAUGAGCAUGCACGCCUGCAGGCCGAACGCAACCAACGCCGCGCAGAUGAGAAGCGCGCCGCUCAGGCUGCUGCUCUCGCUGCUGGAGGCGGCGCCGCAGGCAUGCCGACGAGCCGCAGUGCUGGCCACUUGUCCAACUCGGCGGCAGGCGCAGCUGCGGCGCCGACUGCAGGUGGCUCAAGAGUCUUUUCCGCACCGACGGCUUCGGACAGUGCGCACAACGAGAAACGGCUGCUCUACGAGCGGGCAAGACGCGAAGCCGAGCGCUACCAAUCUUCCUUCGAGCAGGGCGCCUCAUUUCCUCGCGAUGAAGCGCUCGUCGACCCAGCGCACGCUGCAGCACCCUUGGGCUUGGGUGCCGGUCCCAAGCCGGCGUUGCGAGUAGGCGUCGGCCUCUCGCAGGCUGAACAAGAGGCGGAGGAGCGAAGAAGAAGCAGCGCAAAGUAUUGGAUCGACAGUCCGCACGUCGACAUCGCAGCGGCAAACGCUCCGGCUCCUCGGCAGUCCGUCAUCGGCGGAGCUCAUCCCUCGCAGCCCGCCGCUGCCUCCUCUUCGUCGUCCUCAGCGCACAUGUCUGCUCCAUCGACGAGCGCGCACCACGCCGCACCCUCGCACUCCUAUCCGACGGCAGAGACGGCAGAGGAGGAGAAGAGGAGCUUGUACGAGCGUGCGAGGGCGCAACAGGCCGAGGCGGAAGCACAGGCGCAUGCCGAGAGCGUCGCUGCUGCGUCUGCUGCGGCGAUGAGCAGCGCUCCGACCUCCUCUUCCGCCAUGGCCGCUGUGUCCGGCAGCAGCAGCAGCAGCCGUGCUGCCGCGGUGGCGCCGGCAACGACAUCCUAUCCCUCGGCCGAGGAGGAGAAGCGCAGACUGUACGAGGCCGCUCGUGCCGAACAAGAAGCAGUGGAGAGCGAGGCGCACGCAAGAAGUGUCGCUCAAGCUGCAGCGGCGCUUCGAUCGCCUCUCGACAAUGUCUCUUCGCAAUGGCCUGCGCCAGAUUCUGCUCCUCCCGUGCUCGACGAGAUCGCUUCAAGCCCUGCUGGGCCUUCGACUGCUGCGGCAAGUGCUGCGCCAGGCUUCACUUUCUCAGUCUCCUCGCCAGUCGGCGCCGGUGCAGGCUCCUCUUCCCUCGGUCCUUCGUUCGUGCCCAACACGACCGCCUCGCUUUCACCACUGAGCGCAGCGCCCGUCGUGGAUGUGUCUCCCAUGUCUACGCCCGCUCUUCCUUCCGCCUCUUCUGCUGCUCCCGCGCCAUUCGCUGGCGCUGGCGGUCCAAGCACUUCUCGCGCUCCUCCACCUGCGGCGCCUCUGACGACGCACUCAAGUCAACAAGCACACGACGAGAAAGAGUCGGUGCGUCUGUACUACGCUGCGUUGGAAGCUCGAGCCAACGGCACCUCGGCGGCUGCCACUUCCUCGACGCCGGCUGCCGCCUCUUCGACGCCAGCGCAGGCGCAGACUUCGAGUCUCGCUGGCCCCGCCCUCGCUCGGCCAGCGGCAAGCUACGCCGCCGGCUAUUCGCGUGCGGGCGAGAUUGCAGCGCCCGUGCCGCAGGCGCCUGCGCCGCCCGUGUCGCAGAUGCCCUCGAUGCAGCGCCACCAAGCACCCGCAGUGACGCCUCGGCCGGUCUCCUACGCUGCUCCUCCUCUCCCGGUCGGCGCUCCAUCGUACGCAGCUCCUGCGGCGCAUCCUGCCUCGCAGACCGCCGCACGGCCCGUCUCUUCGCCAGCUGCAGCUGCACACGCGCAAGUCUACUCGAGUGCGCACGCCUAUGCUCCACAGCAGCCUCCGACGUCGCAUCUUGCCAGUGCGUCGUCCGCAUCGAGCGAUCUGCCACACCUCGAUGCCUCCGUCGCAGCUGGGAAACAACGCAGCAUGAGUCCGCGCAUCGACGGACCUUCGUCGUCGAACGGCUAUCCCUCCAACGGCGCACUGGGCGGUGCUGGCGGCGGCAUGGCCUCGUUGGGCGCUGCAUUGCCCGAGAUGCGCGCCUUUACGCCCUUUCAGAUCGAUGCGGCCCUGCCGCCGCCGCCGCCUCCUCCUCCACUGCAGGGACACGCGCCGCAGCAGUUUGCGCCGAGAUACGCGGCGCGCUGGGAUGACGAGGGGCCGAAGAAUGCGCCGCCGGCGGCGGUGGCCUCGGUGCCGCCGCCGCUGCCGCCCAAGAUUCCCCUGCAGGCUCGUGCCUAAGCCAAGCAGCGCUGGCACGGCGCAGAGAGUGGGUGACGCGCGCCAAGCAGAAGCCACAAUGCCCAUGCCCACCUUCUGUCCAUCAUAUACUGUCGACGCCCUGGCCUUGGCGAGCCGUGCGAGCGCCCCGACGCGACAGCGGGAGCCAAGGGGUGAGAUGUGAUGCACGCGCUCUGGCGCUUGCUGCUGGCCGGCACGGCGGAGGAUGCACACGUGCUUGUGCCUAGGAACGUGCCUUCGCGGGCGCCGUGGUGAGGCAUGAAGGCAUGUGAGACGGCCGAGCACGAGGUGGAUCUGCAGCGCUGAUUGAUUGCGAGCGGCGGCGGCGUGUGGAGCUGGCCGCUCAAGCGACGUCACGGUGCGCCGGUGCCGCG